AUGGAGACCAAAAAGACUAAAAACUUUUAUGACGGGCUGCAGAAUAAAUCAAGCACAUCCUUGCUAAUUUCAAAAACUACCAGUUUUAUUGGUGAAAACAUGAAUCCAGAUGGAAUGGUUGCUCUGCUGGACUAUUGUGAGGAUGGUUUUUCCAGUUCGGGCCGACAGAAACAAACUGCUCAGUCGGAUUUUGCCAAACGCCCCUCUCCCGCCACCAGCGCACAAGGCAGUGCCAGAGGAAAGGGUCACGCUUCCUGGGACCGUAGUGUCGGGGCCUGGCGUGCGCCUCCUUCCGGGCUCUGUGACGUCAUCCGUCAGCCCCGCCCCCGCGGGCAGAGCCAAUCGAAACCCGGGGCAGGUCCCUCCAGAAGCAAGCGCGCGGGCGCGCGGCCCCGGGGACACGGCGCGAUGGACCCGGUCCUUCUGGGCGCCCAGGCUCAGCUCCACCCGCAGCCGCCCGAGGGGUGGCGGCCCGUGAGCUCCGAGGAGGAGCUCUACGAGUGCCUGGAUUACUACUACCUGCGCGACUUCCCGGCCUGCGGGGCCGGGCGCAGCAAGGGUCGGACGCGGCGCGAGCGGGAACGGCGCACCAACUGGCCAGUGCCCGGCGGCCACGAGCGCAAGAUCGCGCAGAAGCUCCUCAACGGCCAGCGCAAGCGGCGCCAGCGCCAGCUGCAGCCCCGGGCGCGCACUCGGCUCGUCUGAGCGCAGGAUACCCGAAGGUCCUGAUAAAAGUAUUAUCUCUGACUCCAGCUGUAACUGGUCGUAAGGGGGAGAAUCCAUGUUGGUCAACAUAGCUUCUUUUCGACAUCGCUUAAGUUUACCGCCUCAGUAUCUUUUCCUUACUGUUUGUUAUUAACAUCCAAGUGUCCAAGUGGGUAUGCCUUUUUAGGGUUUUUAAUUAAAAGC